UUCCCACCUCGCUCGCUGCCAGAGACACCCAAACGGUCACCGCCGCCGGCCGCCCCGCCCCGCUGCUAAACCCCCCACUAAACCCUAGCCAGAAAACCCCCGCCGCCACCGCCGCGCCGCCUGCCCCCCGGCCUCGGUAUGGUGGGGGAGCCGCCCGCGCAGGGCCCGCCCCCCAGCGCCGCCGCCGCCUCCACCUCCGGCCCCGGCGGCGGCGGCGGCGGCGGGGAGAAGGGCGCCCCGUGCCAGGAGUGCGGGGAGCAGCCGUGGAAGUACCGGUGCCCGGGCUGCUCGCGCCUCACCUGCAGCCUCCCCUGCGUGCAGGCCCACAAGCGCCGCACCGCCUGCUCCGGCAAGCGCCCCCGCACCGUCCCCGUCCCGCUCGCCCAGUUCGACGACAACCAGCUCCUCUCCGAUUACAACUUGUUGGAGGAGACGAGCAUGGUCAGGGAGUCAGCCCACAGGCUGCUCGGCGGCUUGGGCCGCAACUUCGGCUGCGGCUUCGAGGGACGCCAUGGCGCCCAGCUGCCGCCGUGGCUCUCCUUCCUCCGCAAGGCCGCGGAGCGCCGGGGCGUCCGGCUCGCCUUCCAACCAACUGGCAUGACCAGGAGGGAGCAGAACCGCUCGCGGCACGACAGGAGAAGUGACUGCAUAUACUGGACAGUCGAGUGGAAGUUCAAUUCAACAGAUAUUGUCCUAACUGACGAGCAGACAGACGAGAAUGCAAGCUUGCUAUCUUUAUUGGAAAAGCAUCUGACUCCUUCCCCUUGGAAGGACCAGCUUACGCCAUAUCGCAAUACUGAACUGCGUGAUUUGAAACUGUUCGUUCAGAAGUCUGCCAAGAAUUCAAAGUCGCCACACCGUCAACUCAAUAUAGAAGAGCCCUUGCGCCCCCAACUGAGGGGCACUCUUAUUGUCGAGUACCCAACUAUCAAUGUCUUCCUUCCAUCAGAUAGUUACGAGUUUCAAGUCGAGAAGCCUGCAAACAAGAUUAGCAGAAAUGAGCAGCCCCCUGGCACUUCGAAUGAUAGCCCUCCUAUAGAAGGCACCCAGUUUCAGGAGGAAGAAAUAGAGGAAGGCGAGUUGUCUCCAGAGACGCAGGUUAUUGAUCUCAAGGAUUCUGGUCCGUCACGUACCACAAAUCUUUCUCAAGUGAAGGUUACGAGUGAACCUAAGAUGGACAGCAUGCCGUCGUAUGUCCGUGGUCUGGCAUUUGGUGGUAAACAGGGGGAAGUUGAUCAACAUAGCAAGAUGGCAUCGAACAUGACUCCUGGGGCUCCAAAGGCUGAAUCCUGCAUGAAAGUCUACCCAGUGGACUUGAAGGAAGGAGUUGAAGGUGGGACCUUAGAGGGUCAGGUUAUUGACCUCAAGAACCAUGCAGCUUCAGAUCCUGCCAAAGAUAUGAAAACACCUGACACAGAUCGCAAGAUAGAUUCUUCAGUGCUGUCUCCCAUCAGUACUCUAGCAUCUGAGGUCUCGAGUCAUCCUCAGGAAGAAGAACACAACCAAGAAAGCAAGCUGACGCCAUCCGCAACCCCUGAAGCUCUGAAGAAGAGAUCUCUCACAAAAGUCUACCCGCUGGACAUCGACGACGCCCAGGGGGUACUGCUCUCGGAGCUGCCCAGCGUGGAGUUUGAGCAGGAGAUGGGAGACGCCUACGAGGAGCUGUUUGGGGACAUGAACCCCGAUGACUUCCUCGACUUUGAUCUCGGGAUGAUGGACGUGGACGGGUACGGCGAAAUGAGGUCCCCGUUGAAGCUGUGGGACGAUGAUUUGGAGGAAGGCGAGAUCCCCUCGCAGCUCUGAAGAAGAAACCUGGGUGCUCGGAACUCGACACGAGAGCUUGGAAUCCGUUUGGUUAGGCAGUCGCUUUGCCAUGAGUGUUGUUCCCAUGUAUUACUAGCAUUGGCAUUAGUACCACCUCAGGUGCUAUUUAUUCGUUGUUGUUUUUUCUCUUGGUUCCGGUUGUCGCCGGGGCGGCAUGGAGUUGUAUUUCGAGUUUUGAGCUUGUUUGCUGCGGAAAUUUUGAGGUUGUAACUCUGCAGGCGCAAGGCCUGUCAAGCAAGCAAGCAGUCAUUAAGUGAAGCCGGCGGGCAAUGUCGAUCAUAGUUCUGGGUAGAAUAUGAAAUUGCGAAAGAUGUGAUGUUAUCUAUGAACGCAUCAUCAGUCUGUUGCUGGUCAGAGAUAUUUUGUUUUCAUUGUUCACCGUUGCUGAACCUGCCAUUUCAUGAAGGACCUGGUGUCUCGAAGCUGACGCGAGAGGCUGGAAGUGGAAUUCAUUUGGUCAUCAUGCACGCACCCAUGUGCUAUCUGUCUGUUAGCAUUAGCAACUUGAGGGCUGUCAGGUGCUAUGUAUUUCUUUCGAUUUGUUUGUUUGUUUGUUUGUUUGUUUCAGUUGUGAGAGUGGCAUGGGGUGUUUUAGCUCAGCUUGCUGCUCGAUUCAGAGCUGUGUGUCAAAUGUGAAAUUGCUAAAUCUGUGAUGUUAUAUACGAACGCGUCAUCAGCCUGUUGCUGAUCAAGGUGCGUUUCCCCAA